AUGCCGUCCACGCGCGCCAGCGUCAAAGUGUGUGUCUUUGGUUCUGGAACUUUUGGGACUGCCCUGGGAAGCGUUAUUGCGCGCAAUGGUUUCACAGUGACCAUUCUUUGCAGACGUGAAGAGGUUGCAAACAGCAUCAACACUCAACACAGGAAUCCUAGCCAUUUAUCUGAGUGCAAGCUUCCACCCCUGCUUUCUGCAACAACAUGCCCAGAAGAGGCCUUGAAAGGAGUAGCCUUCAUCGUCCACAGUGUGCCAGUUCAGGCCUCCGAAGGUUUUUUGAAGCCACUGAAAGAUUUGAUCCCUGCAGAUGUGCCCCUGAUAUCAAGCUCCAAAGGCAUCCACUCAGAAACGCUGGAGACCAUGGCUGAGCUGGUUCCCCGAGUCUUGGGGCGUCCACAAGUCAUGGCUUUUUUGAGUGGCCCUACCUUUGCCAAAGAGUUGAUGGACGAAAUUCCAAGUGCUGCCGUAGUUGCAGCAGAAGAACCUGCAGUAGCUGAGAGUUGCUCUGACCUCUUUCACUGCACCGUCUUCAAAACUUACACUACUACAGAUGUCACUGGAGUUGAGGUGGGUGGAGCUUUGAAGAAUGUCUACGCACUUGCAGCAGGAACUCUAGAAGGUAUGGGCCUGGGUGUCAACACAGCGGCUUUCCUGGUGACCCGUGCUUGUGUUGAGAUGAACAUGUUGGCACUGGCCAUGGGAGCAAAGCCCCACACCAUGGUGGGCCUUGCUGGCAUUGGAGAUCUGAUGCUCACGUGCCUGGGGGGUGCCUCCCGCAACAAGGCAGUGGGUGCACGCAUUGGCCAGGGCGAGUCGCUGGCCUCGGUGCUCCAAUCCCGGCAGCAAUCCUUGGCCGGUGUGGCUGAGGGUGUGGCCACAGCCCCUGCAGCCUUGAGAUUGGCCCAGCGUCACCAAGUCCCCGUGCCCAUCAUCGAUGCUGUAGCCUCCGUCAUUGAUGGUGCUGCUGGACCAAGGGAGGCAGUGCUCAGCUUGAUGCAGCGUCCGAAGGGUGAAGAUUUUGCUGCUCAUGUUCUGCAUGGAGCAGAGAAGCAGCUUGAGCGUAGUGUGUCACCACUUGGAGUCCGGCCGAAGUAUUGGGCCUUUCUGGCCAUUGGCCAAGCCUCAUUGAUCACAGUACUUCUCCUUUGGUCUGUUCGACGACGAAGCUAG